AUGGAUGACAACAAAGAAUUAUUUAUAAUAUCUAUAGAAAGAGAAGGAUUUGAUAAAAAUCAAAAAUUGAAAAGUGAUUUUUAUCCAGAAUCAGAAGAAGGCUAUACAUUGCUUGAAUUAUCUUGUUAUCAUGGAGCUGUAGAAUGUUUCAAGUUAUUAAGAUCAAAAUUCAAUUCAGAAAUCACUCCAAAAUGCCUUCAAUUUUCAUUUUUGGGAGGAAAUCCUGAUAUCAUGAGCGAAUGUUUAAAAGAGCAUGACCCGGAUGAAGAAUGCAUGAAAUAUGCAAUAGCAUCACACAACAUUGAUUUUGUAACUUUUUAG